GGUGCUGGCCCCGGUCGUUUUUGUACCUUCCCGCGCCGGCGGCGCUGCCAACGGAAGGCGGGCGGGGCGGCGCGCGAUUCGCCGCGGAGGCUCCGCCGCCAUGAAGGUGAAGAUCAAGUGCUGGAACGGAGUGGCCACUUGGCUCUGGGUGGCCAACGACGAGAACUGUGGCAUCUGCCGGAUGGCCUUCAAUGGCUGCUGCCCGGACUGCAAGGUGCCGGGCGAUGACUGCCCCCUGGUGUGGGGCCAGUGCUCGCACUGCUUCCACAUGCACUGUAUCCUCAAGUGGCUCAACGCACAGCAGGUGCAGCAGCACUGCCCCAUGUGCCGCCAGGAGUGGAAGUUCAAGGAGUGAGGCCAGCGCUGCACCCGACGCCCCCUCCCCUCGCCCCAGAUGGUAUCCUGUGCCCCCCACCCCCUCCAUUGGGACUGGGUGGCCAUGGUCUCCACCAGGACGGUCCUCUCUGGGCUGCGACAGGGUGACAUGAGGACCAGAGCUACAUUUGUCUUUUUCCAUCAUAACGUUGACACUUUCAUCCACUAAGUGAAACUCAUUAAACUCCGGAGUUGCUGGAGGC